AUGUCAAUCGUCUCCAUCAUAGGCAUCUUCGCUUUUCGCAUAGCCCGAGUGUGGAUUCCUGAGUCCCGAGCAAUGGCCCGACACAGCUGUCUUUGGAAAGUAGUAUUUGUGAACAAGAAUGACUGGAAUGGAUGGAAGUCGGACAAGUACAACCCGGUUACUACUGGAUAUAGUGUAAGAAAUUAUGCGAGGCUCACGGGACGUGUAAUUCUUGCCAGACCUUUUCACUCGAGGAAGAAGCAGAGGAGUUUACCUGUGCAUUGUUUGAGGGAGUACAUUGAGAGCGCGAUGUGGGAGGAUGAUUACGAAGCUGACGACAUCGAUUACACUUUUUGCUGGAACUCCCAGUCACAGGGGCGUGAUUGCAGGUAAUUUAUACGUAUCGUCUGUAAAGGGUCUAAUUUUCAAGCGCCGUACUGUCUAUCCCGACUCCUUUCCACUAAGCAACAGUCAGGCAAGAACAGCAACAGUCUGCAAGGACUUACCUUGAACCCAAGACCCACAUGACUACGCUCAACCCGGCGAGGAGCUGUAGGGCUCUGGCAGU